GGCACAUUGUUUUCAUGCAGUCGAGUCGUCGAGAGUUUAUUUCUCACAGCCUCUUGCUUUAGAAACACAUAUUAGCGAUAAAAUGCGUAUAUGUUAUAGGCGCUAUAUGACGCAUUGGUAAUCGAGUGAUGGCGUUUCCGCUGCCGCGUCCUCAAGGUCUUCAGCUGCCGAAGCAUCUUCUGCGGACUAUAGACUGUCAUCAGGGCGCCGUGAGAGCCGUGCGCUUCAACGCCGAUGGGAAUUACGCGUUGACAUGUGGCAGUGAUAAAUCUCUGAAACUGUGGAGUGUCAGUCGCGGGACUCUGCUGAAGACGUACACCGGCCACGGGUAUGAGGUGCUGGAGGCCGACUCCUCUUAUGACAACAGUCAACUGUGCUCGUGCAGUUCUGAUAAGACCGUCAUCUAUUGGGACGUGGCCACCGGGCAGGUGACGCGCAAACUCCGCGGACACGCCGGGAAAGUGAACUGCGUGCAGUUUAAUGAGGAAGCGACUGUAAUUUUGUCAGGCUCUAUUGAUGGUACAGUGCGCUGUUGGGACACUCGAUCCAGGCGAAUGGAACCCAUUCAGAUCCUGGAUGAGGCUCGAGAUGGAAUCAGCAGUCUGAAAGUGUCGGAACAUGAGCUGAUAACUGGGUCUGUGGAUGGCAGAGUUAGGCGUUAUGACCUAAGAAUGGGUCAGCUUCAUGUUGAUUUCAUAGGAAGUCCCAUUACUUGUAUAUGCUUUAGUCGGGAUGGACAAUGCACGCUAAGCUCCAGUUUGGACUCUGCGGUGCGUCUGCUAGAUAAGAGCACAGGGGAGAUGCUCGGAGAGUACACCGGCCAUGUUAACAAAGGCUAUAAGCUUGACUGCUGUCUGUCUGAUAAAGACACGCAUGUUCUUAGCUGUUCAGAAGAUGGUCAUGUUUACUACUGGGAUCUGGUGGAGGGCUCCUUGACUUUGAAGCUGCCUGUUGGAAAAGCUGUUGUUCAAUCACUAUCAUUCCACCCAACGGAGCCCCGCCUUUUGACUUCUAUGGAAGGGUGUGUUCAGGUAUGGGGGGCGGAGCCGGAUGAUGAGACUGCGGACAGUGCACAGUGAGAUUCACAAAUGAAUGAGAACAGAUGUGAUUUUUACAAUUUGCCCGAAAUGCAUUUUUGUACUUUAUAAUAAAGUAAAUAAUUUGUUUCUUAAAAGA